AUGGCCGAAGAACCAGUGCCAGCCAGAUGGUCGAGCAGCACUCCAUUAACAGACCCUUCAGUGCUCUUUCCUGCGGUGGCCGCCAUGUUCAUAGAAGUCCUCCAGACUGCAACUUUCGACAGCGAUGUCGGUCAAGUUGAGGUCGACUGGACCUUCGUCGAUACCCCUGACAAGGCCGCCAAAGUCAUCUUCUACGUCCUCCACACCUGUGUCCAUCCAGUCAUUUUUGGUGAACGAUUUAUCUUCUCUGAGGAUCCCGCUCUGAGCGAUGUAGCAUCCGAGACUGCGAUGAUAGGUGUCGUGGGAUUGGAAAAGAUUCGAGGCUUGUGGGGUCUGUUUGGUAGCUAUAAGCCGGAUCCGCAAGAGGAAGCGAAACAUAGGGAGAGGAAAGCAAGGGAACAUAGGGCGGCGGCUCUGUUGCAGGCACAGUUGCGAGUACGUUCUGGUCCGCAACCUCAGCAAGAGGCUCAGACGCAACCACGGGCGGUCCCGCAGCCUGCAGUCGUGGCCCCUUCCAAUCGACUAGCUUCGCCAUGA